GGGGCGUAGAAAAAAAAAAAGGCAGCUUUUAUAUUCCCCGAUAAAGCACUCUUCCGAUCCCUUUCCUUUCUCAGUCUAAUCAAUCUCUUUCUCUCUCUUCUCUCAGAUCUCACUCUCUCUUUCUCUCUCCUCACUUCUCAAUGCACAAAUUCAAGUUUCUCGCCACCCAAUGUGCCGUCGCCGGCAGUCCCACCCGCAGUCCAACAACCAGCCCUGUCAUCCACCUGCGCCGCCGCAAGACCCUCCGCAUGUUCCUCGCCCGACGCCGAUUCCAUCCCCCGCCGCAAGAUCCCCCGCCCCUCCCCGAGGCCCGCGUCCGCCACAAGCUCAAGGACCUCUUCGUCUCCUCACCGCCGCCACCCCUUAACGAAGACAAAACAAUCUUCCAUCAACAGCAACAACAGCAAAUAAAAGAAGAAGAAGAAGAAAACAAGGAUCAGCCUGUCGAACUCAUCCCUAACUCCGCCCUGAGCCUCCGCCUCCGCACCGGAUCUCCCUUCCGGCGCUCCGCCGCAGCUCUCCGCCCGGUAUCCUCCGUCUUCCGCUACCGGUUGCUGAGAAGAGCGUGGCGGCCGGUGCUUGUCACCAUCCCUGAAUAGUACCACUCAUACUUUCUCUGUCAUGACUGUACGGAUUAAUUCAAUUCCUCAAUUUUAUUUUUUA